CACAGUUGGUGUACGCCAAGAGGUGGACGCCUACUACAGAGCUACUUUGUAUCGGACUGUGUUCAAGAAGGCUCCCGUAGGUUUCCGAUAAGUGACCUUCCUCUGCAUUAUCCCGAAUUCCCCAUUACUGCGUAUUAUUGCGAUCUACAAGAUGCAUCUCAACAUGGCCACUAUUUCGCGGGCAAGCCUGCGAGCCACACAGUAUGGAGCCCGAAAUCUCUUUGGCGUUGGAAGGGCCACGGUUAUGCAGGCACGCACUCUGGCUACAGCUGCGGCCGCAACUGUCACGUCAGGCGAAACGGCCAUGAUUCGCAAGAUGGAGGAGAAACGCGCUGAAGCAAGACUUGGCGGGGGGCAAAAGAGGAUAGAUACCCAGCAUGCAAAGGGGAAACUAACGGCCCGGGAGCGAAUUGACCUCCUUUUGGAUAAUGGUUCCUUCCGCGAAUACGACACUUUUGUUGAGCAUCAGUGUGUGGACUUUGGGAUGGAGAAACAGAAGAUAACGGGAGAUGGUGUAGUGACGGGUCACGGCACAAUCAAUGGACGUCUGGUCUACGUCUUCAGCCAAGAUUUCACAGCGUUUGGAGGAAGUUUGUCAAAAAUGCAUGCCCAAAAAAUUUGCAAGAUCAUGGAUCAGGCUUUGAUGGUCGGCGCCCCUGUAAUUGGCUUGAACGACUCUGGCGGUGCUCGUAUUCAAGAAGGUGUCGACUCGCUCGGUGGUUAUGCGGACAUUUUCCAGCGCAAUGUGCUGGCGUCGGGUGUUGUCCCGCAGAUUUCGCUUAUCAUGGGUCCGUGCGCUGGAGGAGCCGUCUACUCCCCUGCCCUUACGGACUUCACUUUUAUGGUACGCGACACGUCUUACUUGUUCGUUACGGGCCCUGAAGUCGUCAAGGCCGUAACAAACGAAAACGUGACCCAAGAAGAGCUUGGUGGUGCCAAGCCGCACACCACAAAAUCUGGUGUCGCCCAUCUUGCCUUUGACAAUGAUAUUGAAGCUCUGUCGCGACUGAGAGAAUUCGUAGAUUUUCUACCUUUGUCUAAUCGUCAUGACGUCCCAGUCCGACCGACUGAGGACAACAUCAACCGCGCGGAUGCAGCUCUCGACACUAUCAUUCCUGUUGACUCGAGCAAGGCUUAUGAUAUGAAGGAUGUUAUUGGUCGAAUAGUGGAUGACGGAACCUUCUACGAGAUAAUGCCUGAUUUUGCGAAGAAUAUUGUGAUCGGAUUUGCCCGUAUGGGAGGGCAGACGGUGUCUAUCAUUGCGAACCAGCCUUUGGUAUCGUCUGGUGUAUUAGACAUCAAUGCCUCCGUGAAGGCCGCCCGUUGGGUUCGAUUCUGCGACGCUUUCAAUAUACCUCUGUUGACUUUCGUCGAUGUGCCCGGCUUUCUGCCAGGAACUGCCCAGGAGCACGGUGGCAUUAUCCGUAACGGGGCGAAACUUCUCUAUGCCUAUGCUGAGGCGACUGUUCCCAAGAUUACAAUUAUUACACGAAAAGCAUACGGUGGCGCCUACGAUGUCAUGAGUUCCAAGCAUUUAAGAGGGGAUUUGAACUACUCCUGGCCCAGUGGAGAGAUUGCUGUCAUGGGCGCGAAGGGCGCCGUUGAGAUUAUUUUCAGAAAUGUCAAAGAUAAGACACAAGCGGAGGCUGAAUACGUGGCCAAGUUUGCAAACCCGCUCCCCGCCGCCCAGCGCGGUUUUCUCGACGACGUUAUUCUUCCUUCUACGACUCGUCGCCGCAUUGUUGAGGACCUAAAGAUGUUGAAAACAAAGCAGAGGGAGAACCCCAAGAAGAAACACGGCAACAUUCCGUUGUAAAGAACUAGAGUGGCUCUUCCAUGACAUUGCUUUGUUUAACAUACUGUACAUUUUCCUGAGCAUACAAAAUGUUAGUUCCAAUUUUUCUUUGAUACGAUUCUUUUUCAAACGUGGCAUUGAUGUUCCAACUAUUGUAAAAUAAAAGGGUGGUAACCUAAAGAUAGUAGAAAUCCAGAAGCUAACAAUGCACAACUACCGUACCAAGAAAUACUCUAAGGAUCUACUGCAAAAACACAGGCUUAAAGUUCUACAAGAAUUACAGUCUUGCCUAAAAUAAUAAUUGUGCAAGUGAUAUACGGGCGGAUAGUAUCACCAAAUUUAUCACGCUCUGUGAUGAAUAACUAUAGAUUAUCGGCGUAAGCUCAUAACCC